UCCAAAGAUAGAGUUAGAUGAAAAUAAAAAUCAGAAAAUAGGCGCAUUUCGCAAAUCAAAGAAAAAAUGACACAAUUUGACCUCCAACCCAUUACCUUGUAGCGGUCGACCCGGCGGGUGCGUACGACCCGUUUUUCUCACCGGGUCAGGGUGAAAGUGGGUCGACCCACGGGUUGACAACCUUGAUUUAUACCAAACGGUAUGUUAAUGUGUUUUGUGAGAUUUCAACUGCUGGACGUCCUGUUUUGUUAAAACUACUAAUUAUUUAGAUACACUGAAGUUGAUUGUGGAAUGGGGCAGGAUCGACCGAUUGUUAAAAUACUUCCAUGGGGGAAAAAAUGAGCAUAUGCAUUGUUAACAUGUUAUAAUACUGUUGGUCGCCGAAUAGUCGCCGGCAGCCAAUCUUGAGCUCCCAAGUCCCAUCUCUUUAUUUAAAUUCAGAGUAUGGUGGUGAGUCGCUUCUCGAUCCUUGCUGUGGAAGCAAAGGAAAAGAAAAUGGAAAACAAAAAACAAAGAACCAAAGUUUGACUUCCGCCAUUCCCUAAGUCAUUCAUUUCCCAUUUAUUGCUGGUGCUUUUCUUCCCUAGCACGGAUUUACCAGAUAUAUAUAGAGUGGGCGAUUUCGUUUUGUUUUUGUUGCUCUGUCACAGGCUAGCCCAGCUCAUAAGCAAAGCAAAAAAGCCAAGACUUGGCUUGCCGCAAUCUCAUCCCCAGGGCAAAAGAGAAAAGAAAAGGCAACGAAAAGCUCAAACCCAUUUUAUUCAGAUCCAAAACUGAAAAGGAAAAGUCAUCAUCAACUUGCCUCCUUCUCUGUGAGUUUUUCACUCCUCUUGAAACAUUGCUCUGUUUCAUUGUCUGUACUCUGUUUUUUUUUUUUCAAGAUCGGAACUGUUUAUUCCUUUCAUUCUAGUCUUCUUUUGCUGCCUUUUGUUCCUCUUUAUUAUUCUCUUUUCCUUUUUCUGGGUUUCUUGUAUACUCUCCGAAACUAAAAGGAAAAGUCACCAACUUGCCUCCUCUGUGAGUUUAUCACUGCUCUUGAAACAUUGCUCUGUUUCCUUGUAUGUACUCUGUUUUUUCAAGAUCGAAACUGUCUUUUUCCUUUCAUUCCAGCUUAUUUUUACUGCUGUUUCUUCAUCUUUAUUCUCUUUUCCCUUUCUGGGUUUCUGUUAGUUUUUGGGUUGGUGAUGGAAAGCCGAAAGCUUUCAUCAGUUUUGUUUUGGUAUGAAAAUAAAAAAAAAAAGCAUUCACUGUUUUGAAUGUGAAACAGCUGAGUGUCAGCUUCAGCAUUGUUCUAUUAAUGAAGGCAGUUUUACAAAUUUUUCUUCUUUCCUUUUUCCCCACCACCAUUUAUGGUCAAAAGAUCCUGUUUUUCAUCUCCUUAAAAGUUUCUCCUUUUCGUUCAUCCCCACUCUGCCUCUCCUGUCAUAUUUCCUGUGAUUCUUGAGGUUCAGCAAUGGUUUUGAAACGCUUCAUGAAUGGUUGUCUGUAAACAAAACAAAAGAGUUCUGAUUUCGAGGUUUCGUUUUCCUUCACCUUAGCUUGUUGGUGUAAUCAAUCCCGGCCAUGGAGAAUGCCGGGAGCAGUAAUGGUAACGAGGCCUCUGCCUCUGCAUCAACCAGCCACGAGAGAGAGGAGAACAACGGAGGGAAGAACAAAGAGGAGACUGGGAAAACAGUUCCGUUCCACAAGCUUUUCUCCUUCGCCGAUUCCAUAGAUGUUGUGCUGAUGAUCCUUGGAACCAUUGGUGCUAUUGGGAAUGGGGUCGCCAUGCCCUUGAUGACAAUUCUAUUUGGGCAGCUCACUGAUUCCUUUGGCCAAAACCAGAACAACUCAGAUGUUGUAUCUGUGGUUUCCAAGGUGGCUCUCAAGUUCGUCUACUUGGCAGUGGGGACUGGUGUGCUAGCUUUUCUUCAGGUAACUUGCUGGAUGGUGACGGGGGAGAGACAAGCAGCUCGGAUUAGGGGUUUAUAUUUGAAGACCAUAUUGAGGCAAGACAUUGCAUUUUUCGACAAGGAAACAAACACAGGAGAGGUUGUGGGCAGAAUGUCUGGUGACACUGUUCUUAUUCAGGACGCCAUGGGCGAGAAGGUAGGGAAGUUCCUUCAGCUGUUCUCGACGUUCAUCGGAGGGUUCGUUAUAUCAUUCAUCAAAGGCUGGCUUCUUACCCUUGUCAUGCUGAGCACAAUCCCCUUGCUGGUGAUCACUGGGGCUGUCAUUUCCUUGACGGUUUCUAGGAUGACAACCAGGGGACAAUCGGCAUAUGCUAAAGCGUCGACCGUGGUUGAGCAGACCAUUGGAUCAAUACGAAUAGUUGCGUCCUUUACAGGGGAGAAGCAAUCCAUAGAGAAUUACAAGAAGCAUCUUGUUACUGCCUAUAAAUCUGGUGCCAGUGAAGGAUUGGCUACUGGCUUAGGCCUUGGGAUGCUUAUGUUCAUCAUGUUUGCUAGCUAUGGUCUGGCUAUUUGGUUUGGCGGGAAGAUGAUUUUGGAGAAAGGGUAUACUGGAGGUGAAGUUCUCAAUGUCAUCAUUGCUGUCUUGACUGGUUCCAUGUCACUUGGGCAGUCUUCUCCUUCUUUGACUGCUUUUGCAGCUGGUCAAGCUGCAGCUUAUAAAAUGUUCGAGACCAUCAACAGGAAGCCGGAGAUCGAUGCCUACGACCCUAAGGGGAAGGUGUUGGAAGACAUUCGAGGGGAUAUCGAGUUGAAAGAUGUGCACUUUAACUAUCCAGCGAGACCAGAUGAGCAGAUAUUCAAUGGCUUCUCUCUUUCGAUUGAGAGCGGAACAACUGCAGCUUUGGUUGGACAAAGUGGGAGUGGGAAGUCGACUGUGAUUAGUUUGAUAGAGAGGUUUUAUGAUCCACUAGCUGGUGAGGUUCUCAUUGAUGGGAUUAAUCUCAAAGAACUUCAGCUGAAAUGGAUCCGAGGUAAAAUCGGGCUUGUUAGCCAAGAACCCGCGCUGUUCACAUCAAGCAUUAAGGACAACAUUGCGUAUGGGAAAGAAGGCGCAACCACUGAAGAGAUAAGAGCUGCUUCCGAACUUGCCAAUGCUGCGAAGUUCAUUGAUAAACUACCUCAGGGGCUGGAUACCAUGGUUGGUGAGCAUGGAACUCAACUGUCUGGUGGACAGAAGCAGAGAAUCGCCAUAGCAAGGGCUAUUCUCAAGAACCCGAGGAUCUUGCUUCUAGACGAAGCAACAAGUGCACUUGAUGCAGAGUCCGAAAAGGUUGUGCAGGAAGCACUGGACAGGAUCAUGGUGGACAGGACAACUGUGAUUGUUGCUCAUCGUUUGAGCACUGUCAAGAACGCCAAUACCAUCGCUGUCAUCCAUCGUGGAAAGAUGGUUGAAAAAGGCUCGCACCACGAGCUGCUCAAGGACCCAGAAGGUGCAUACGCGCAGCUCAUUCGGCUGCAAGAGAUCAACAGACCGUCGGACCUCGAAGACAACAACAGCAAGAGACCAUCCGAUAUGAACCCAGAGUCCUUCAGACAGUCCAGCCUCCGAAUGUCGCAGCGAUCCCUUAGUCGAGGAUCAUCCGGCGGGGUAGGUGGCAGCAGCCGCCGCUCCUUCUCAGUCUCCUUCGGCCUCCCAACAGGAAUCGACACCACAGGAGGCGACCCUGCACAUGACAUGGAAGCAUCACCUGCCCCAGUGAAGGAUGCGCCAGAUGUUUCGAUUAAACGGCUGGCGUACCUGAACAAGCCGGAGAUCCCGGUGCUGAUCGGCGGAGCCAUCGCCGCGGUAGGCAACGGGGUGCUGUUCCCACUCUUCGGCAUCUUGAUCUCGCGCGCCAUCAGAUCUUUCUACGAGCCGCCCAACGAGCUGAAAAAGGACACACAAUUCUGGGCCCUAAUGUUCACAACCCUCGGCGUCGCGUCGCUGCUGAUCUACCCAACGCAGACCUACUUGUUCAGCGUGGCUGGGUGCAGGCUGAUCCAGAGGGUAAGGUCGAUCUGCUUCGAGAAAGUGCUGCGCAUGGAGGUUAGCUGGUUCGACGAGCCGGAGAACUCGAGCGGCGCCAUUGGUGCCAGGCUCUCGGCGGAUGCCGCCACGGUUCGCGCCCUAGUUGGCGACAAGCUUGGACAGACGGUGCAGAACAUCGCUUCUCUUGUUGCUGGUUUGGUGAUCGCGUUCACGGCCAGUUGGCAGCUUGCUCUGAUCAUCCUUGCGUUGGUGCCGUUGAUAGGGAUGAAUGGGUAUCUCCAGCUCAAGUUCAUGAAAGGGUUCAGUGCAGAUGCAAAGAUGAUGUAUGAAGAGGCGAGUCAGGUGGCCAACGAUGCGGUUGGGAGCAUAAGAACAGUGGCAUCUUUCUGUGCAGAAGAGAAAGUAAUGGAGCUGUACAGGAAGAAAUGUGAGGGGCCUAAGAACACAGGAAUCAGGGAAGGUCUCAUCAGCGGGAUUGGAUUCGGGCUUUCGUUCUUUCUGCUCUUCUGUUUCUAUGCAACCAGCUUCUACGCUGGUGCUCAGCUGGUGAAGCAGGGCAAAACAACGUUCUCCGAUGUCUUUCAGGUGUUCUUUGCCCUGACAAUGGCAGCUCUUGCAGUGUCCCAAUCAAGUUCAUUUGGGCCUGAUUCCUCAAAGGCUAAAUCUGCUGUGGCUUCCAUUUUCUCAAUCAUAGACAGGGAGUCGAAGAUCGAUCCCUGUGACGAAUCAGGGACGACACUAGCCGCCGUGAAAGGAGACAUUGAACUCAGGCACGUUAGCUUCUGCUACCCUUCUAGGCCAGAUAUUCAGAUCUUCAGAGACCUCAACUUGGCUAUUCAUUCUGGCAAGACCGUGGCUCUUGUUGGGGAGAGUGGGAGUGGGAAGUCCACAGUUAUUGCUUUGCUGCAAAGGUUUUAUGAUCCGGAUUCAGGAAGGAUAACCCUCGACGGAGUCGAAAUCCAGACCUUGAACAUCAAAUGGCUGAGACAGCAAAUGGGGCUUGUGAGCCAAGAACCAACUUUGUUCAACGAGACCAUCCGGGCCAACAUUGCUUAUGGGAAGCAAGGAGAUGCAACGGAAUCUGAAAUCCAGUCGGCAUCAGAACUAGCAAAUGCACACAAGUUUAUCAGUGGCCUACAACAGGGGUACGAUACGAUGGUUGGGGAGCGAGGAGUGCAGCUAUCCGGGGGCCAGAAGCAACGAGUGGCCAUAGCUCGAGCCAUCGUUAAGGAUCCGAAGAUCUUGUUGCUCGAUGAGGCGACUAGUGCAUUGGAUGCUGAAUCGGAAAAAGUUGUACAAGACGCACUCGACAGAGUGAUGGUAAAUCGCACGACGGUGGUCGUCGCGCAUCGGUUGUCGACGAUCAAGAAGGCCGAUGUGAUCGCCGUGGUUAAGAAUGGGGUGAUCGUGGAGAAAGGGAAGCAUGAAAGUUUGAUCAACAUCAAAGAUGGAUUCUAUGCCUCUCUUGUUGCGCUUCACAUGACCUCCUCGAGUAAUUAAAUUCACAAUUUGGCGGGUUUCCCUUCUCUGUUUUUUUUUUUUUUUUUUUUGUGAAUUGUAUUUUCCCUUUUUUCUUGGAGGUGAGAGAUCACCUUUUCCUUCCAUUGUUGGAACUCAAGCGAAGUAAAAGGGAAGGAAUAUGAGAAGAAUGCGGCUGUCAAUAUGGGUAUGGUUUUUUGGUUAACCGUAACCGAAUCGCAAUAGAGUGAUUAGUGGUUAACAAUACAUUGCAUGAGAUUGAGAGGAUAUUUAAAUGGGUAUGGUUAAUAAUAUUAACAUAUUUUGCGUUUGUGCGGUUAAUCAUCGAAUACCAUCGAAUACGAGAAAUUUGUCUAAUUAAUCGCUAAUAAUCAUUUAUAUAAUUGCACCUACUAAACUCGACUCAAUAUGGAAAUAACACUCUUAAACUCGACCCUAAUGGCAACCAACCCAACCACCUAAUCUUAAAUUCCAAAUCCCAAGCUCGACCCAACAUGUUUUUCCUAUCUGUCAUUCCAAUUUGGCAAAGGAAAAGCUCUCACCCACCUGUUCUAAUUUUUAGGGUUUCAAUUUUUCGUCGUUGUUGUGAUGAUGCUACAUCUUGGUGCUUCACCGCUCCAACUGGAAGAAAGAAGAGUCCGUCAUUGUUGUUGUGUUUAUGCUGCAUCUUUCGUAUAACUGAUUGUCUGAAUUUUUAUAAGGAAAGCGCAAGUGGAAGGAAAGAUAAAUCUUCUUUACCUCCAAGUGUAGCCAUUGAUGAUGGAGCUCCUUUUAUGUGAACUAUUGGUGUUGGAGAUUCUAGCAAAGAGGAGGAUGAGGAGGCAAUAAUUUAUUUAGGAUUUUUUAUUUGUGUUUCUUUGUUUUUUUACCACUAAGUAAUGUGAGUUUUAGUGGAUAACCAAGGGUAACUGCUACCUGCAUUAUGAGGUUUAUGGGUAACCGCUAACCACAUAUGACGAGAUUGUGGUUAGCAUAUUCGUGCUAAGACAGAUAUGAGUAACUGCCCUAAACGAUGUUCAUUGACACCUCUGAGAGAAGUUGAUGAGGGAAAAGAGGAGGGAAAUGUUAUUGAUUUAGUUGUGGAUAUAUUAUUAAUCAUGGUUAGUUCAAAAGGGAUUUGGGAUUGUGUUUAGAAUUUCAAAGCCAUGUGGGUUUUAUGGAAGACGCAGAGGACAGGACAAGCUGCUUUGGGAUUUUGUUGAUACGAUUACGCUGACCGAAUCAUGGAUAUCAUUAAAAAAAUGGUUGUUUAUUGCAUUGAAAUGCACAGCUCAGCACAGCCCAGGUGGUGCUUUUCCUCGAAUCUCGAAUGUGGAAUGGAAUCAAACGUUUGACGUAAUGCAUGACGACGAUGAUGUUUCUGAGUUUCGGAAUUUGGGCACCACGACUGUCCACGUAAUGAGCUCUAACUGGAUCCGAUUUGGGACCAAAAUGGAUUUUGUUCACUUGAUUUUGAUUUAUAAGUUUCUUUCAUGUUUGUAAUGAUUUUUCUUUUUCGUUAGUCAAUCGAUCUAAAUCCUAUUUUAUAUUUAUCGUUCAUUAAGAAUUGUUCAAUCUUAUUAAAGUCAUCUUAUGUUACCGUCAAUUGUUGGAUAGAUGAUGUGACAAUUAAAAAUGAAUUAUUUUUAACUUUUUGCCUCUUCGCCAUUUCACGUCCUCAAUCCCUCCAAAUGAGAGAAUGGUCGUGUAAAUUGCAUGUUUGAUCAACGAGAUUACUAUUUGUUUCACGUUUUUCAUUUUACAGUACCGAUGAAGACUUGCGGUCAACAAUUCGAUACCCUCGACAUGGUAGACACAAUCACAUAUAUAUCAUCCACAUACAAUAGCGAGAAGUGGAAUGAGUGAAGAGGCAAUGACCAUUAGAACUCUGCUGAAACUCGGGGCUCAAAAUAGUAUACUGAAAUUUAUGGAACCAAGCCUGAGUACCAAAAAGUAACCUUACGUAGACUGUCUCCUUCAGCUAGCCACGCAUAAAUGCAUUAUUGACAC